GUCGGCUGCCCAUCUUUGCAGGCCGCAGCGUAGCGGAAUACUUCCUUCAGAUCGUGUUAGGUCGUGUGUUUCUUUUCGUUUGCUAGCACUGCUUGCAGCCGCCCUCAAGAGCGUUGGAAGAGAAGGGUGCGAUGAUCCCGGAAUGACCUGAGAGGUACCUCGACCUAGUACAUGUGCCUGGGUCAUCUUGGUCUUGCAGACCUGCCUCGUUCUCACGUUUUCCUGAGGUCGGUGGUGCGAAAGUUUGUUUGCUGUCGCAGUUGCCACUUCCAGCGCUUCUGAGGAAAGUGAUUUGCCAAGCAAUCUCGUUUGGCGGAGGUCAUUCAGUGUCAAUGCAAGGCUUGAUCGGAGCACGCGUCAUACGCGGUCCUGAUUGGAAAUGGAAAAAUCAGGAUGGAGGCGAGGGUCACUGCGGAACGGUGCGCGCGUUCGAAGGGACGCGAGAUGUGGUUGUCAUUUGGGAUAACGGCACAUCGGCCAACUACAGAUGCGCUGGCGCAUUUGACCUGCGUGUAUGGGACAGUAGUCCUGCUGGCCAGCCUCACGAGGGUACGACUUGUGAAGGCUGCUCGCUGAGUCCGAUCUGCGGCCAGCGGUUCACUUGCACUGCUUGCCAGGACGUGGACUUGUGCUCGUGGUGCUAUCAUGGAGACAAGCACAACCUCAAACAUCGCUUUCUGCGACAGACCUUGCCAGGGGGCGAACGGACGGAGCCUUUGGAGAAGCGCUCCAAAAGCAAAAAGAUGCAGCUCAAAGGUUUCUUUCCAGGAGCCAAGGUUGUGCGUGGAACAGACUGGGAAUGGGAGAACCAGGAUGGUGGUCCUGGGCGCGUGGGCAAGAUUUACGAGAUCCAGGACUGGAGCCCAGCGCGGCCGCGCAGUGCUGUGCAAGUCCAGUGGGCCAGCAGCACUAAGAAUCUCUACAGGCUGGGCUUCCAAGGCAUGGUUGAUGUGAAAGUUAUUCAAGAAGGCAAGGGAGGCAUGGUGUAUCGAGAUCACCUACCUGCUCUAGGUCAGCGGUCUGAGCCAGCGGGGCCGACGGUAGACUUGAUCCAGGGUGACCUGGUGCGCCUGUCGAUAGACCAAGAACAUGCCCAGCAACUGCAGGACAAUCCGUCCAUGGCUGGCAUUGAGCAGGUGGUUGGUGUAGUAGGAACGUUUCAGGCGCUGAAUGAAGGAAAAGCUGUUGUCACCUACCCGGGAGGUUUGAGGUGGACAGUGCAGGCAAACCUAUUGGUGAAGGUGGCAUCACGCUCUCAGGAACGCCGUUCUACCGGGAUCCCCGCCACGGCACUGCUAACGCAGCAGGACACGACAGGUACACCUGGUACUCCAGGCACGCCCGCUACCACGCCGAUAAGCGUGGGUUCGGCGGACGUUCCGCGUCGCAGAGCUGGAACGAGAGGCGCAGUGAUGGCAACACCAACCAGCAGUGGCAGUGCUUUGGCCAACACCAGGCCGAGUAGUGCCACAACCAGUACCACCGCCAGCACUACACAACAGGCAGCAGCUACGUCACAAGCGCCCAUUCUGCGUCAGGCUUCUGCUCAGGCGUUGGUCUCGGCUACCACGAUAGAUGGUUUGCCCGCGGGAACGGGAGCUCCGCAGCGUCCGCCUUUACCGCAGCAAGCGUCCGCUCCGGACGUCAGGCGUAGUCCUGCACGGCAGUCGCACAGAGAUGGGCGUGACCGAGGAGCUCCGCCGACCACAGUUGGAUCGGUUAUGAGCAGUGUAGUAACGGGUGGUGGUACUCCACCAGUGUCGUCAUCCAAUGCUGGCCCACCGCCGCCUAGUCCCGCCGUUCCCCUAGCGCAGCUGCCUCCACCGCUGCAACCCCAGCCUGCGGCUGUUCCCGUCUCUGCCGCGCCUCCGGCAAGCACAUCCACAGGUCCUGCGGGUGAGACGACCCCAGCAAGGCCUGCAGUUAAUGUUGGUGACAUGGUGCAGGUAGCAGCGCAGGAAGAGCAAGUGCGUCAGAUGCAGCGCGGUCAUGGUGAAUGGGCAGAUUCUAUGAAGCAGAUUCUAGGCAAGAUUGGUCGAGUGAGCACCAAAUAUCCUAAUGGUGAUCUGCAGGUGGAGGUUGCUGGGUCGGGAUGGACGCUAAACCCAAUGUGUGUAACUCGACUAGCACUGAAUGAAGUCGGAAAUAGCCAAGGCCAAGACCAUCAAGUGUCGGAAAUCUUGCAGCAGGUGUUUGAACUUCAAGCACAGGUUGGCCAUAACACCACUGAACGCCUGGUGAAGGCUGCAGUCAUCGGUGAUCUGGCUACCAUAGAGGAGCUGUUCAACGCGUCCACUGCUGUGUCAGUCGACGAUGCCGUGUCCGGCUACACUGCACUGCACGCAGCCUGUCAGCACGGCCAUCUUGAGGUGGUCAAAUACCUGCUCUUCAAGCUUGCUGCCACUGACAAUGAGGAUGCCGAUGGAAAUCGUCCUAUCCAUUUGGCUGCCGCUGGCGACUACCCGGAGAUCAUCGAAGUACUGGCUGAGGCCGGUGCCGACCUGAGCGCCAGGAACAAGCGGAAACAGUCUUCCGUACACCUGGCUGUGUCCAAGGGCAACACGUUAGCAGUGAAGGCCAUGCUCAAGAUGAACUGUCACUGCAGCUUACAGGACGUUGAUGGUGAAACUCCGCUGCAUGAAGCCAUCACUCGUCGAAGGGAAGGACUUGUACAGAUUUUGCUCGAAGCUGGAGCCGACGUUACCUUGACCAACAAGAAUGGAUUCAAUUGUUUGCACCACACAGCGCUGCGGGGCAAUGCAAGUGCUAUGCGCCUGAUCCUGGGAAAGAUUUCCAACCGCCUGUGGCUGGUGAACGAGAAGAAAGAUGACGGCUACACUGCCUUGCAUCUGGCAUCACUCAACAAUCACACAGAAGUCGCUGAAUUACUGGUGGAGCAAGGCAAGGCGCAAAAGGAUGUGCAAAACAUCAACCUGCAAACACCACUUCACCUGGCAGUGGAGAGACAACACAUGCACAUUAUCAAGCUGCUGAUUGCGGCCGAUGCACGGGUGGACAUCUGCGACAAGGAAGGCGAUACGGUUCUUCACGAGGCCGUGCGCCAUCACACGAUGCAACAGCUGAAACAGCUGCAGGCCAAUACUGACGUCAGCAUGGUUGUUGCUGGUGUCGGUGACAAGCAGCAAAGUGCUUCCAUAGCACUCUUCCUCUCGGCUAACGGCGUCAAUCCGGAGGUGAAGAACAACAAAGGCCAGUCCGCACUGGACCUGUGCCCGGACCCGGUUCUGAAGAAGGCACUGAUGAAAUCCUACAAGCCAAAAGCAAGUCCUGUUGUGGAAGAGGAGGAUCCGCUACCGCCACCGGCAAACGACCCACGCAUGAUGGAAUGCAUGAUCUGUGCUGAUCAGAUGCGCAACUGUGCGUUUGCUCCGUGCGGUCACGUGGCCACGUGCAGUGAGUGUGGCGAGCGCUGCAAGAAGUGCUUGAUCUGCAAAGAGGCAGUGGUGGAGCGCUCAGCGAUUGAAGAAGAGUGUUUGGUUUGCUCAGACACUGAAGCAACCAUACUGUUCAAGCCUUGCUGUCAUGUCAUGGCAUGUGAACGAUGUGCUGCUGUGGUUAAGAAGUGUUUGUUGUGCCGUGAACCUGUAGUGGACAGAGUUCCACUCACAGAACUAGUUGCAGAGAUAGCCAACAAUGCGGGAGCAACAAACGCAAAGGGUUCGACGGAGACAGGCGAUGUUGCAAUGCUGCAGCAACAGUUGGAGGAUAUCCGCGAUCAGACCCAAUGUCCCGUGUGCAUGGAUCGGAGAAAGAAUCUCAUCUUCUUGUGUGGUCAUGGAACUUGUCAGAUGUGCGGCGAUCGCAUGAAGGAGUGUCCGAUUUGUCGCAAACCAAUUGAGCAAAGAAUUGUACUCUUCUAGUGCACCACUAUCUGUGAUGAAAGCUCUUCAAUGCAUCUGGGCUGUGGCAUAUCAACAGGCUUUCUCUUUGAAAGCCUAAGAUCAGGACGCACAACUGCGUCACCACACUUAUGCGGAAAGGCGACACAUUAUUGUAAUUAUUUUGUCUCCACCCACUGACAGAGGUGUGUACAUUCUAGAUAUAGCUGUUGAUGCUGCUCACUCCUGCUCAGCAGGUCUGGGCUCUCUCUCUCUCUCUCUCUUUCUCUCUCCUAAGUUACGUUUCCCUUUUCGCUGUCCCCCUGCUAGCAGUCAUGGUACUGGCAAAACAACGUAUUGUGCAGUUUUAGUAGUAGACACUAGACACUCAGCCUCUAACCAUGGAGUGUGACUUAGGUAGGUCUUGCGCAGUCAUUAUCCUGUGCUGGUUGUGUAGGCAGUUUCAUUCAACUAGAAAUUUCCCCGUUUGAUCAUGUUGCAAUGCUGCUCAAUCGAUCUCUCACCACACCGGUGAUCGCGGCGGAUGUUUCUCAUCGAUCUCUCUUCUUCACAUGCAGCUGAAUGUGCUUACCAAACUCAUGAUUUGGUCUUGACCUGGUUGAUACAGCUCUUGGUUUAGUGCACGUUUGAAGUACGAUGUGCCUGUAAUAUAAUGAUGUUUGCUAUUAUAAAUUUCCUUAUUAUCGUAUUAGACAGAUUGUGAUUUGUUUAUCACCCCCCCCCCCUCCUAUAAAAAAAGCCAUUUCACAUGGUCAGCCAUUUCUGCUAAUCAACUUCAUCCUAUCUGAGUGCUCCUGUAACAUACUGAUUACUGUUGCUAUUCCACAUGACGUAUUCUACAUGGUAUUAUCAUUUUCAAUAUAACUUUAUGAUAAUAAUUAUGUACAUUCGUUUUCUCAUGA